CCCACUCCCACGGCGCCUGCACCAUCAUUCCUACGAUGGUCUUCGCAGCUUACGCCAACCGCACUCCGAUAUGCCGUCCACCAAUAGACCCACUGGUACCACCUCCACGUCCCCCAUAGAUGCGAUCCUCACAAGAGUUGAAGCAUAUCCCCGGACAACUGUCAUUGUGCUAUGUCUCGCUAUUCUCGCCAAGAACUACACUAUAAUAUAUCGUCUCAUAUACCAUGCGUUGGUUGUCGUCGGCAUUGUUGUACUAUAUGGAUGGUGGAAUGCCCUAUUUCCUAUUAUUUUUCGGAACAAGGGGCGAAAACCUGUUAGAGACAAGCGGCCAAUACGGGCUUUGACCUUUACGCAGCCACGAGUAUGGAAGAGCUAUAUGAUGGAGAGGGAGAAGGAAAAAGUGGUUUUUAGGCCACAAGCAUUUGUGGAAAACAGGCAGAUCCAGCAAGUCAUUGACGACCUGCUUUUCUUUAUCAGUCGGGAUUUUAUUCGGAGCUGGUGGUAUUCUGGCAUUGGUCCAGAGCCCAUCUUUGUGUCCCGCGUCGAUGCAGUCGUAUAUGACGCCUCAGUCCAAGUGAAGCAACGACUGGAGCGGAUUGACUUUGUACAUUUUGUUGCUUCCCGAGCGCUUCCGUUGCUCACGGCCCAUGUAACGGAGUACCGACGAGCAGAGCGUCUGUUGCGCGGGCACAAGCUUCAGCGCACCGUCACAGAAUCUGAUGAAAUGGACUGCCAAUUAGCAAGGCAUUACAUGAAUGGACGAUUGCACCCCGCCAUUUCUGCCAACCCUACCCCAACGGUUUCGUUAGAACACGGAUACCUACGGCGGAUAAUCGAAGCAACUUUGCCGUUGAUUUGCCCGGCGAAUGAGAUCUCUAGUAGACUUUUUGUCAUCAUUGUCAGGGAAAUUCUUGUAUGCAAAGUCGUGCAGCCUGCACUGGACCUUUUGGCGGAUCCUGAUUUUUGGAAUCAGACGAUUGAUAUGUUGACCGACCGAAUGCUACAACAGGAACAAACUCUCCUUCAUAAGAUCCAAGAGGUUUUAGAAAAGCAACCCCCGUUACCGACGCUCGAUUCUGAAAGUUCUUUAGCACCCCGUAUGCGUACAUUUGACGAAUUUAUCAAGCUCAUCAAACGCUGCGAUAACCUUUUGGAUGCAUUACGGAUACGGGAUAUGGUGCUGACGGAAAUGCAUAAAAAAGAAACGGAAACAGCCAAUUGCCGGCCAUCUGAUAUCAUUAAUGGCGUAAGAGUUGCGGAUACGAGAAUUUAUAUUAAUAGACUGCAAGUUGCGUUGAAACGAGUGGAUAAGAGGAUAUCUGGGCUAGGGGGACGCAAUAAGAACUCUCGUGAGAAAGCCAAACAACGCGAACGGCCAACACUCGCAGCAGUGCUCCAUGAUCCACUUUUAUUGUCGUAUUUCACAGAAUUUAUGGAUCAGGAGGGAAGAAUGCCGUAUCUUCAGUUCUGGAUCGUCGUCAACGGAGUUAGAAAUCAGCUGAACGAAGAUGAGGAACACCACGAUAUCCCUACCAACGAUGAGAUGCUUGGAGAGAGAUCUGACGUCGAUUGGAGGCCUAUCAGCGAGGACAUUCACAGUGUUUACACGGAAUUUUUGGCCCCCAACCUUAAAUCCAAACUGGCCAUUGACAAAGAGCUCUGCACAAAGAUGGAUUUAUUAAUUUCUUAUGUGCAUUGGGAGCCGGGUGCAGCCAAGAACCACGUUAUAGCGGCUUUGAAAAUCCUGUUUGAAGCUCAGGACCAAGUUUUUCGGAUAAUGGCGGAUGAGGAUUACACCAGUUUCAUGCGGAGUACAUUAUACAUGAAACUUGUGGCUCACUUGAUGCAGGAUCACUCCCCCAGGCGCUCGCAGGAUUCAAUAGAGUUGGAAUAUGGGCAUAAUGACCCGCGACGAUCAUCGACGGAAGUUGACAGAGCUGUCGUGAGUCCUGUAGGAUCAGAAGACGAACUGCCAGAUGCUAGCCGUUCCGUCGUGCCAAAAAAGAAAUCAUUUAUCAACGUAUUCAAAAAGGGAAAGUCAAAGGCAGCGGGUGAAGUUGAGCCUAUUCUCCCUGCUGGUCAUCCAGCCAAUGUACCUCCGUUACCUCCCGUUCGCACUGACUCCAUCGACAACGUGGAAGGAGAGCUGCAGUCUAUACUAGAUAAUCCGGACAAUGCCUUCGCAGGGCCGUUUUUGAGGGGUAGGAGCAAGGUGCAAGGGCGAAGGAUGAAGGUGAAGCCCCGAUCUGUUGACGCUAUGGAGGGGAGACGGAAGGACAGCGAAACAAGUCAAUUGGUUGGCAUGGGAGAAAAAAUGUCUGGCAGGUUAGCUGGAUUGUUUAGAAGGAACUCGAGUGGAAAGAUGGCUUCGGGUAGUACUGCCUCAUCGCCCGUCCGCAGCCGUACCAAAUCGCCUGCCAGCAUAUUGUCCAGUGAUCAAUCGGAUGGAGUACGGGAUCGCGGUCGACUGCGUUUCACUCUUGGUUCCGAUAACGAAGUUAGCUCUACUUCCGAAGAUGAUGAUCCUGAAAAUGAGGAUGUGGAAGUGGAUUUUGAGGAGCAUGAGGAUGAUUUGGUUGGGAGUACGCUAUCUACUAGUACCGAUAUCCAAUCAAGAACCCAUGAUACCACCGACGAUCCGACUCUGUCCGUUUUAUCGCGACAUCCCAAAAUUCCCGUCUCGCUCCCAUUAGUACUUGGAUCGCCGAAAGCCUUGAAAGACCUUUCUGACCGUAUUGAGCGACUGACACAUGAAGAGAAUGAGGUAGCUAGACAAAUUGCGCAGGCCGAGACGGAGGCAUGGCCACCCGACCGAUUGCGCGAGCUAGAAUUGAUGAAAUUGGGACUUGGCGCCCUUUUGAGUGAAGCCAGAGGGGAGAAAACAAAGAUGGAAGAAACCGAGAUCAGGGAAUUCAUCACACCCGAGCGUGCAAAAGCUGAAAUUGUUGACACUCGCAUUGUAUCCAGAGAUGGAAAAGAGUAUGCAGCGUACAUUAUCCAAGUUACACUUUUGAAUGCGCCCGACAUGAGAGAACCCACAACAGGAAGCGAAGCGAAAUCUCGCUCCUGGACAAUUUUGCGACGUUAUUCCGAAUUUUUCACGUUACAUCAAACUCUGAGAUCCAAGUUUCCGAUUGUACAACGAUUGGAUUUCCCUAGCAAAGUGUUGAAAGGAAUUAUGAAGUUGAAGAAGGACUUUGUUGAGAAUCGUAGGGUUGCACUGGAUGAUUAUCUACAGAGCAUAAUGAAAUAUACCGAUAUUUGCCAAUCGUCAGAGCUAAGGCGAUUCAUCUGUCAUGAACAUGUUGCGAAAUUGUUGACCGUUCGAUCUUCUAUUUUAUCCGAUCGACGUCCGAAGCGGUCCCUCUUGAAGAACCUUUUGCAAAAUGCGGAUGAGUCUACUGACGCAGCACAUCGCGAUCCUCAACGAAACGAUGGCGCCCCAUUGUCAUCUCCCUCCAUUUUUCCCUCUGAAGGAAACGAUGCUGGAUUCCGUAGUGGACUGCUUGCUCGGCCGCCAAGUAAAAGCGAACCAUCGAUCAGUCCAACCAUCAAUUCAUCAGCCUACUCUCCCGCACCAUCUUCAACUACCGGCGAAGUAUUACCAGCCGCCUCCACCACAGACGCAAUAUUCGAUCUAUUCAUUGAAUUGUUUGAGCUUCGUGAAAAGAACAACUGGUUCCGAAGACAAGCUGUUGGACUCGUCCUUCAGCAACUAUUCGGUGGAACCGUUGAGCGUAAAGUAACUGAAAACCUCCGAUGGAUGGUCUCUGAAGACAACAUUGCAUUUUACCUCACGCAUCUCAGAGAAACAUUUUGGCCAAACGCUGCCUCCUUUUAUUCCCCACCCGUCUCUUCUCCGUCCAAACAAGACCGAACACCAGCAAAUAAACUUCGUACAAAAACUGCAGCCCAAAGUAAACUCUCGAGUCUUUUACCGGAAUUAUUGGGCGGCAUGGUUGGACGCAAAAAUGCCCGAAAGGGGGCUAACCGUCUAUGGGCGGUAUUUCAAAACAGAAGAUUGAACCAACAAUUGGCGUAUAGUCUUUUAGAUGAAGUCUGGGGGAUCGUGUUUCCAGAGAUCGAGGGGGUUGUGGGUGAAAGGAGAUAGUGGGUAUUAUUGUUUUUGCUUGAUGCCAAUUCUUCGCUGUAUGAUAUGCUGAUACCCUUUACCCGUGUAAUAUUGUAAUCUGUAUAUUUUUGCCUUUUUAACAUGUGUGUUGAUUCCUGUUAC